GGGGCGGCCCCGGCGGUCGGCGCGGCAGGAUCGGGGCGGCCCCCCGAGGGAGCGCUAGGCGUCUGGCGGCGGCGGCCGUCGCCCCUCAGGGCUGUUGGUCGGCUCCGGGAGGCUUUCGGCAGAAGUUCGCUGUCCGCGGGCGGCGGCCCCGGGGAGGCCGGAGUGCAGGGCGGUGCGGACCCCCGAGCCCGUCACCGCGGCCGGCGCGAGCAGUCCCCGGGCCCCGGAGUCCCGGGCUGGGGGCGGCCGCCGCUCCGCCGGGUGCACGCGCGCCGGUUCGGUAAGACGAUCCGCAGGUGCCGCCGAAUCCCGGCCCUGGGAGACCUCGCCUCGAAUCCCGGCCCUGGGACCGUUGGUGUCUCCUGUGGCCCCGGCCAGGUCGCCGGCCUCGGAGGCGGACCCCUGGCGUCCCUGUUCGCUCCCGACUGCCCGCGUCCUGCGGUAGCCGCGAUCGGGAACGCGCAGGCGUUUUUCAGUUGGAAGUUAACAGGGCUGGUGGCCUUUCGAUCCUCCAGCGUAAGACGUGGUCGCACACUGUAGUCUGAGUGCCAGUGGUGGCCAUAAAAUUACUCUUGGGUGCUCACGACCUGGGGACACUGCUGGAUACAGCCACGGGUUGAUUCAUCACCGCAGCUUCCCUGUAAGGUUGCUGCUGUUCCUCCGUUUGCAGUUGAGGACGCCGAGGCCGAGCCAGGCUUCCCACCCGGUCCUGCCUGAAUCCGAAGCCAGAGCUCAUGGCCUGGGCCGCCCAGGUUACGCAGCGGUGGGCCAGUGUCCUGGAACAAUUUCGGUGUUUCCGAAUUAGUCCAGGGCGAUGUCCUUUGCUCCUCAGAUGUAAUGCACUUUAAGUUUGUUAUUCAACAGUGAAAAUGAGUCAUACCGAGGUUAAAUUAAAAAUACCUUUUGGAAAUAAAUUACUCGAUGCUGUUUGUAUGGUUCCUAACAAGAGCUUAACAUACGGAGUAAUUCUUACACAUGGAGCAUCAGGAGAUAUCAAUCUUCCUCAUUUGACGUCACUGGCAUCCCAUCUUGCAUCUCAUGGGUUUUUUUGCCUGAGAUUUACCUGUAAAGGCCUUAAUAUUGUACAUAGAAUUAAGGCAUAUAAAUCAGUUUUGAAUUACCUAAAGACCUCAGGAGAGUACAAACUUGCAGGUGUUUUCCUUGGAGGUCGUUCAAUGGGCUCAAGAGCAGCUGCUUCUGUACUGCGUCAUAGUGAGCUGGAUGACGCUGAUGGCUUUGUUCGAGGUCUCAUUUGCAUCUCCUACCCACUGCACCAUCCAAAGCAGCAGCAUAAACUCAGAGAUGAAGAUCUCUUCCGGAUAAAAGGCCCUGUACUGUUUGUGUCAGGCUCAGCAGAUGAAAUGUGUGAAAAGAACUUAUUGGAGAAAGUGACACAGAAAAUGCAAGCUCCUAAUAAAAUCCACUGGAUUGAGAAGGCAAAUCAUUCCAUGGCAGUGAAAGGACGGUCAACAAAUGAUGUUUUCAAAGAAAUAAAUACACAGAUUUUGUUCUGGAUCCAGGAAAUAACUGAAAUGAACAAGAAAUAAUUGUCUUUUGCUAAAAGCCAUGUUACUUUGAAUAUAAAUACGGUUAAUUUAAUAAAAACAGAAUACCUCUCAGCAUUAAGAUAUAUUUCAGACCAAUUUAAUGUUCUUUAAUGUUCCCCCAUUUUUAAAACACAUUUUAAUUGUGAAAUUAAUGUCCUUUACAAGUUGCCUUUUGAAAGCACUGUUGCAGUUGUAUAAAGAUAAUGUACAAAUAUUAAAGGUGGUUUAAAUAUAAUUUAUUUUCAUUAAUAUAGCUGUUCUGAAAAAAAAUAAACAUUUGAAUUUUG